AUGAUCGAAGAUCUGACACCGGCCAUCGUUGAGAUACUCGGGUCAGUGUUACAGUUGGAUCCUCUUUUCUUCGCCUCGCAUCUUCAACCUCCGUGGCCGGACAUCAGUGUUCAGACACCGGAUAUGGCGAUGCUUCCGUCCCGCCUUAGGGUUGACAAAUAUAUAAACAUCCACUACCAUCGGACAGUUGUGUUUAAUGAUCCGGAGAUCCCACAAAAGCAACUCCUACGACCAUCAAAUGUAUACAGAAAAGUGGUUGUUCUCCCGAAAACCAAGGGGUUCCAUAUUGGUCUGGCACAACAUUGCUGCUCCAUCUAUAAGACUACAUUACCUAACCAGGAGUGGAUUGGUAUUGUUCUUGUUGAUCCUCCAAUUAGCAGCAUAUAUUACUCUGUCAAGGACAAAAAGAAAGAUGUGCUGCUCUUUAACUUCGGUUCAAAACCUUUUCUAGGAGGUUAUGAAGAUUUCCAAAACGCCGAGUUAUCCUAUAAGUCGGAGGUUACUUGUGGUCCGAAAAGGUCUGGAUUGAUAGAAGAUCUUGUCUAUUACUGGAAACGACAAAAACCUUUAUUUUUCGAACCGAAGUCACCUAUCCUUCUUCAUUUGGCAUAUUUCCCUCUGCGUAUAGUUGCUGCUGAAUGGGUAAACUAUCUCACGGUUAUGCAUCACAGCAUCAAGGAAUACGAAUACAAAAUUGGGGGGCUAUCAGAUAUGCCCCAGGAGCUUGAAAGGCUCAGUUCUGACCUGCAAACAUUGCAGAGUUGGCGCCGUCGAAGCAUGUCUUCAGAACAGAAGCUUAGGGCUACUGCCCGAUUCAUCCGCGAUUCGUAUGACACGAAGCAACGGAACUCUUCUUGGGAAACCAUUGCUGAAGAUUAUGAUCACCUCGCGACCCGUGUGGUGAGCUUCGGCCAACUUUACGAAAACAUGCUCCCAAUUGCCACAUCGAUGGUCCAAAUUGCGGACAGUCGGCAGUCUUUCGCGGAAACCGCAAAUGUUACUCGCCUUACUUAUUUGGCCCUUAUUUUCGUACCUUUUACAUUCACUACGGGGCUUUUUAGCAUGAACAAUAACACUGCUCCUGGGAGUUCUGGUUUCUGGCUAUUUUUUGUUGUGGCAAUUCCAAUGACGCUGCUCGUUUUCAUUGUGGCUAGACCACCUAUUAGGGAGGCAAGAAUAAUCAAGGAAUAUGUGGGGAACUUUAAUAUUCCACGGUUCAGACAAUUUGGGUAG